AACUAAGAUGUUUACACUAUUUGAAGAAUUCCGUAACAGUUAUUUCUUUUGAAAAUAUUUUUCAUCUGUAACGUUAAGAUUACUUGUUGACUCUUUAACCUGAGAGGGACACGCGCACUUUUUUUUUUUUUUUUUUAGACGAUCCUGUGAAGUACCGUUUUUGUACUUUUUUCAUUUAAAAACAGGUUUGUUAAGUUAUUGCAGGUUUGUUAAGUGCACCAUUUUGCUGUGAUUUUGUUACCUGGUUAGUCAUAACUUUAAGAACAUUUAAAAAAUUUUUCUAAAUGUUUAAAAAUGUCAGAGGAUAAAAAAUCCAGCGAAGAACAGUCCACUGUUGUGUCAUCACAAGAGAAACGUGAUACCAUAGAUUUUCAAACAUUUCGUGAUGAAAUCCCAAACGUUUUUCAAGAACGUGCUGUUGCAUUCUCUAAAGAUUCUGAUAACAUUUCUAUAGACUUAGAUGGACAUACUCCUGAAGUUCGGUCAGAUACUACUCCUUUAGCGCAAUCUUCUUUAUUGCUUGCUGCAACUCUAGUAAGCGAUGCAAAAGAAGGUCGCCACUCAGAUUUCAUUACAAAUGAUCAGAGUGUUCGACUGUACCUUAUCUAUCACCAUUGGGGCUUUAGUUACAUGUUGUAUUUUUUUAUUGUCCUUCAUCAUGCAAUAGCCAUAUGUGAAGAACCUGCUGUAGAUGGUUUCCUUCUUCCCUAUUGGGUGACUAUGUGUGUGGAAUUUGCUUGCAUGUUGUUCUACCUUUUCCGACUUCUUCAUUGUGCAUCAUUUUUACCACCUGAAACAUUUUGUCGUGACAAAAAACAUAUUUUAGUCCUUGCAUCUAUGCUUUUGACAGCUAUUGACAUGUGUUGUUACAUCGGUAUGUUGAACACAGGAUAUGAAAAGUUUGCAUAUCGCUGGUCACGACCUUUAAGGCCAUUAUUCAUGGUCAACUUUAGUGAAAGUAAGCAGGUUCGAAGAGCUUUUCGAAAUAUAAGAAAAACACUUCCAGAUAUUCUGAAUGUAUUAAUACUUUUCUUUUUGAGCAUAUCACUGUUUUCUUUAAUGGCUCAAAAACUUUUCCAGAAGAGAUCUUUGAAAUAUCCUGACGGAACACCUUAUUUUGUAAAUUAUCUUGACAUAUAUUUCAAGCUUUAUGUUUUGGUAACAACUGCUAAUAAUCCAGAUGUUAUGAUGCCAGCUUAUGAUGAAAACAGAUGGUUUGCAUUAUUUUUCAUUGCCUAUCUCAUCAUAUGUCUUUACAUAUUUAUGAACAUUUUUCUGGCUGUUGUUUACAAUAAUUAUCGGAAACAUUUAAAAAAUGAAGUUCGAAAACUGGUAUACAUGAAAAGGCAAAGCUUAUCAAGAGCUUUUGAUUUACUAAAGGUGAAAAUCGAUAAUAAAUUUGUGCUGGACUUUAAGAGAUUUAACGUUUUGUUAAAAAUGAUUCCUCCUACACGUAGUCCUAUGAUGAUUAAUAUACUCUGGUAUGUUCUUGAUAGCGAUGGGGACAACAAAAUUGGUAUAGUUGAUUUUUUACAAGUUGCUGAUUUGUUAAAUGUUACUGUGUCAGAAGUUAAAGAUAGACGCAGCUUUUUUCAUCGAGUAUUCCCAAGUUGUUAUCAAAGUAAAUAUUCAAAGUUACUUCGAAAAUAUGUGGCUCAUAAGUAUUUUCGUUACUUCUUUGACUUAAUGAUUUUGUUGAAUGCCUUUUUAAUUGCUUUUGAUAUAAGUGAUGCAGAAUGGUUCUUUCUUGCACUCUUCACUCUUGAAAUAAUACUGAAAAUUUACACAUUUGGAGCAGUUUAUUUCUGUAGAAGAUUUUGGAACAUAUUUGAUUUCCUAGUUAUUGGAGGCGCCAUUAUAGGAACUAUCAUUGAGUCAUUUAUGGAUGCUGAUGUGGAUGAGAAAACUCGGACUUUAGAUAUAUUGCUUGUCCUAAGAGUACUAAGACUGGUGAAAAUUAUUGGUGGAAUCGAAAGGUUUCAGGUAAUUGUGACAACAAUAAUGAAUCUUGGUCCAUCAAUUCUAACUUAUGGAGGAGUACUUAUUGUAGUGUUUUAUGUGUUUGCAAUUGUAGGAAUGGAUGUUUUCAAUAACAAAAUAAGGUAUUUUGGAUAUAAUAAUGUCACAGAUCCUUCUCAUCUUUACUGUGGAAAUGAUUUGCUAAAAAACUCUGCCUUUUAUCAAAGUCAAUAUUGUAGCAAUAAUUUCAACAACAUAUUAAAUACAUUUGUUGUUUUGUUUGAGCUAAUGGUUGUCAACCAGUGGCAUGUGAUUGCUAAUGGCUUUGUGCUAGUCACCAGUAAAGCAGCAAGAUUGUACUUUUUUACUUUCCAUUUGUCCUGUGUCAUUAUAGUUCUGAAUAUUUUCACUGCAUUUGUGCUGGAAGCUUUUAUUUUGGAGUAUUCAUUUUGCAAAAGUAAACUGGAGAAUGCAGUGGAGAGAAAAAUUGUUGAGAUGGGAUUGCAAUUAGGAAGGCUCCUUCCAAAAUCUGAUGGUGGUACUGACAAUGAUAAUUUAGUUAUAGACUCAGAAGAUAUAGUUGAAUCCAGUGAAGAAGGAAAUUCAAAAAGGAGGAGUUCCAUUUAUCCAGAUUUGUCUGAAAAAACAGACAUAAGAUUCCAUUUAACAAAAAGUAAAAAUGUAGAAAAUUUACUACAGAGGAUGUUUGAAAAUGAACUAGAAGUAGAUGAUAUAGGUCCACCUGAUAUAGAAAAUUUAGAAAAGGAAGAAGUCAACUUUUCUUUGAAUUCCUUAUAAUUUCUGAAAGUUUUGUGUGAGCUUCCCUAAAAACACAAUACUACAAGAAAAAGUUAACUAUCACUCUCUCAGAGUACAUGACUCGUAAGUUUGGUCGUUUUUAUUGUUAGUUUCAUCACAGGAAAGCUAGCAGAUAUAUUUACAAUUUUUACACCUUCAUUACAUUCCAUUCUUGUUAAUCAUAUAUGUUUAUAACUUAUUUAAUGUUUUAUACAAUUGUAUAUGUAUAGUUUUCAAGAUUGUGUUUCAAUGGUCAAGUUUUCAUGAUUAAAAUUAUUGUAUUUAAUGCAUUUAUAGAAAAUAUACUCAAAUUGUUACAUCAAAUUUAAUAAUUGUUGCUGCUUAUUGUUUUUAUUUAUUAUUUCAAUUUAUGAACGGAUUUUGAUGCUUUAUGUAUGUUUAAUGCUAUGUAGUAUGUUUCUUAUUCUCCUUUAGAGCAAUAGUAGCAACCCAUUUCUAUGUAACUUUACUCUUAUUCUGUGAUUUUGUCCUAGUCUCAUUCAGUGCAAGAAUCUGAUGAUGUACAAUUUUUAUUCUAAUAUUCCAAGUACAUAAUGUAUUUUGUAAAUAAUAUAUUUUUGAUAUUAAUAGCUAACUAGCAAAAAAAAAAAAAAAAAUCAAAUAUUUUCAUCAUCCUGGAAUUUGCCUCAUGCAAUAUUUUCUUUUCUUUUUUGUUAAUUUAACAUCUAUGUUUAAAAUAAAAU